UUUAUUAUAACGGGCCCCUUUGUUGAGAUAGAACAAGAGAAAAGAUCUUUCUCCUUGUCCCGCUUACACAUAUCAGUUAUUAGCAGGGCAACUUCCUAUCGCUCCUAAGAGGCACUGGGCCCCUGCAGUGGAGAAUAACAGAAAGGAGGAGGGGAGCCAGCUGAGAAUGGAGCUGCUAGUGCUGCUCAGUGCCCUGGUUACACGGCUGCUCUUCAUUUUACACUCUCUGAUCGGGGUUUGGAGAGUGACUGAAGUGAAGAAGGAACCCAUGUACUGGCUGCUGGCACUGCUCAACCUUCUCCUGUGCCUGGAAACAGGGCUUACCCUCAAGUUUAAGCAUGGUAAAGGCUACAAAUGGUUUUCACCAGCAAUAUUUUUAUACCUGAUUAGUAUAGUUCCAUCAUUGUGGCUACUAGAAACUCGUCAUGAGAAUCAGUUUUGCAGUAAUGGAUAUGAACAAAAGUUGCAGAAUAUCAGCCACAGAGAAGACUUCAAUCAAUCCAAAGAGAAUAACAGAAGUGACGCUGCAGAUCAUCACCUAAUGAAGCUGGCUAAGGUUCUUGUCAGUCAGCUCUCCACAGUGUGUGAAAGUGCAUGGAUUCUAGGACUUCACCAGACUUUUCUACUACUACUAAUAAUUGGGAGAUGGCUUCUUCCUAUUGGUGCUGAAAUCACCCGUGAUCAGUUGUCGCAGCUGCUUCUUAUGUUUGUGGGAACUGCAGCAGAUAUACUUGAAUUCACUAGUGACAGCUUGGAAAUAAAAGACAUAAGGAAUAACCAUGUUCUUGUGUAUGCAAUUCUUGCUGUCUGGACUUGGAGUAUGUUGCAGUUUCCACUUGACCUUGCAGUACAACAUAUUGGCUGCAAAACAUCUGAGUCAUCUAUGAGAAUCCCCAAUUUGCUGCUCUGCAAGCACAGUGCAGACCUGUGGAACAUUGGAAUAAGUGUUUUCAUACAAGAUGGUCCCUUCUUUGUUGUACGUUUGAUCCUGAUGAGCUAUUAUGGCAUAAUCAAUCAAAUGCUGGUGUUUUUCACGGCUAAGAAUAUCUUAAUCUUGAUAUUACAACUGUACCGUUUAACAGUGUUAUUGUUAGACUUCCAUACUUCCCUCCAGGAUCAGUCAAAGAGCUGGAAAGAAGGAAUCAACUGUUGCCUAGGUGAGCCUGAAGACACCAGUCCCCCACACAGUGACGAUGCUACUGAUAUGGGAGAGCACGCUGCUAUUGCUCUGGAUGAUUCUUCUAUACCAAUAGAUUGUCAGUGAAUUCAUCCAUAAUUCACUA